AGCUACUAACGUUAAGUUUGCUAGCCAGCUAUUAUGGGCAAAGGUUAUGCGUUCGCUAGUAUCUGUACAGCUCAAAUGUAUUGCUAACGCAAGGCAGUGAACCAAAGUGCUGACGACAUCAGAUGAAUAGCUAACCUUACGUUGAUUUCGAGUCUGCUUUUUUUCCGGUCUUGCUGAAUAUUUACUUGCGAAGAUGACGGCGUGUCCAUAUGUACGGGCACACCCCCACCACUGUUUUGAGUGUUUUAGUUAUGUGCCACGUUCUGAGUGUCGUGGCUAACGUUAACUACAUAUGGGUGGCUAUAUUGGUUUUGAUUUUGGACCGUAUUACUGUAACGUUAUGCCUUUUAUUUUGGACCUUGAGACCCUGUAUUUUUUUCUGACAGUGUAAUGAAAGUGUCCAGUGAACCUAACUGACUAGGUGUGGAGCAUGUGGGCGUCCUGCUGUAACUGGUUAUGUUUGGACACUGCCACGGUGGAGGAGAGCAACAGCCGCACGCGUCACCAGGCUUAUACUAACUCAGGCUACAGCAACUACCCGUCGCCCCCACUCCCGGACCACACGUGCAAAGCCUGCGGAAGCCGCUUCGUCACCCUAGCCAGAAAGCAUGUCUGCAUGGACUGCAAGAAUAACUACUGCGGCAGGUGUUCGGCCCAGCUUGAGCCCCGUCCUCGCCUUUGCCACACCUGCCAGCGGUUCCACGGCACACUUUUCGAUCGCACCGAGCUGAUGAAGCUCAAGGUGAAGGACCUGCGCGACUACCUCCACCUGCACGAGGUCUCAACGCAGAUGUGCCGUGAGAAAGAGGAACUUGUGGAGCUGGUCCUGGGACAGCAGACACAGUCACUCUCUGGCCCAAUCGUAAACCCUCUGACCCAAACCGCCACCCAGCAUGAGACAACUCCUCCUCCAGCACACCCCACCACCACCACACCCUCUACACACCCCGAAUCCACCUCCACAGACCAUGCCCCUUCACAGCUGCCACCCACUCAGGAGGACAGUCAGACCGUGUCUGUGUUGGUGUCCUCGGGUCUUGAGGAGCCACUGGACACUGAGGGAGAUACAGAGCUGCAGGGAGAGCAAGAGCUGCAGUCCUCAGACACAGAGGAGGUGCUGGUGCCAGGCCGCAGGGCGUCGCUGUCCGACCUGGCCGUGGCAGAGGACAUCGAGGCCCUCAGCGUCCGGCAGCUCAAGGAGAUCCUGGCCCGUAACUUUGUCAACUACAAGGGCUGCUGCGAAAAGUGGGAGCUAAUGGAGAGGGUCACCCGCCUCUACCACGACCAGAAGGACCUCCAGAAUCAUCUGGUUUCAAGUACAAACGACGGCACAGACCCCAGCGGUACCCCUGGCCAGGAGGAGAACCUGUGUAAGAUCUGCAUGGACUCUCCCAUUGACUGUGUCCUGCUGGAGUGUGGCCACAUGGUCACCUGCACCAAGUGUGGCAAGCGGAUGAACGAGUGCCCCGUCUGCAGGCAGUAUGUGGUGCGGGCCGUUCACGUCUUUAGAUCCUGAGACCCAAGCCUUGGGAACCCCACCCCCACCUCCUGUAAAAAACAAGGGACUUCCUUCUUGUGGCCUUACCACCCAUAGACUAGACGAGGGGUAUUAAACUCUUACCCUAUGGGGUCCGGAGCCAGCUGGUUUUCUGUUCUACCUGAUACUUAAUUGCACCUACCUGGUAUCCAAGGUCUAAAUCAGUCUGAGAUUUAGAGGGGAACCAUUUAAAAAAGCAGUGGAACUGGCUUUGAGAUCCAGAGGUGAGUUUAAGGGGACUAGACUAACCACCUCUCCCUCCAGAUCUCCACUGCUCAGAUGGUCCUUGAGACCCUGAGUAGUGGUUCCUCCUGUUGGAGGGACGAACAGGUGAGGUGAACCUCAUUAUCCCUUUGAUAAACCACACAAACCCAAUGACUGGACAUGGGCACUUCCUACUGUUAUUGACUGGACUUCUAUAGCUCAUAUCUCCAAGCUGAUAAGGAUAUGUCUUAUUAUUAGAAUAAGAGAGCGCCUGUAUUAAACAGGCAAUACCAUAUUUAUUUAUUUUUCCUUUGGCGACCUGCAUAUAAACACAAAAAUUCCAAAGAUUUUGCUGAGUUACAGUUCAUAUAAAUAAAUUGGUCUACUGAAAUAAAUUCAUUGGGCCCUAAACCAUAGAUUUCAAAUUACUGGGAAGGGGCGCCGCCAUGGGUUGGCAUAGGCCCACCCGAUGGAGAGCAAGGCCCAGCCAAUCAGAAUGAGUUUGUCCCCAUCAAGGGCUUUAUUACAGACAGAAAUACUCCUCAAAUGUUAGUGGCCUUUUAUUGUCCCCAGCACAAGGUGCGCCUGUGUAUUGAUCAUGCUGUAUAAUCAGCUUCUUGAUAUGCCACACCUGUCAGGUGGAUGGAUUAGUUUGAAAAAGGCAAAAAUGCUCACCCUCAGGGAUGUAAACAAAUUUAUGCACACACUUUGAGAGAACAUUUCUGGGAUCUUUUAAUCAGCUCAUGAAACAUGGGACCAACACGAAACAUGUUGCGCUUAUAUUUUUGUUCAGUGUAUAUAUAAGCCCCAAGUGCUCUUAAUAAUGGAUUAGAUUGAUGUAACUGUUAAGAGUUGAACCCCAGUAAAAGGGAAAGCAUUUACAUUAGUGGUUGAGCUGAGAACACAUCCAUAGGAUUUCCCUAUGUGUCUUGUCGUUACUCUGCGCUUAGCAAAGCAGGAACCCCCUGUGGUGGUAUAGUGUAAAAGCCAACCCAUAGACACUGCAUACAUUGUUUAUCAAUGAAGCAAAGCUGGCAGAUGUUCACUCAAUCCCUCUGCUGUAGAAUCUGGUGGACACGCAGUUUUAGUGCUUACGUUUUACCCUGGUCCCAGAUCUGUUUGCUGUAUAGCCAACUCCUAUGGUUAUUGUCACGUCAAACCGAGAGUUCCCUGAAGGAGAGGCCCUUUUCCCACUGCAAACGGCACUAUCUGCCAUACUUUGUAGAAAGACACUACGGGGGCCGUACACCAACACACCACAAGGAGAGAUGACCGCGAAGGUGACGAGGGACAGAGAGGUCCUGACCAGCGCAACAAACCACAAAGGCAGAACUACUACCAGAGGCUUCCGACCAAGGGUUUUGCAUGACAUCGACCAUAGGACCUGCAUGGUUAUACAGCACAAACCGAUCUGGGGACCAGGCUACUUAUGCUGACAGUGGAAGAGGAUCAGUGGUCCUUCACUAUUCCAACUAUAUACAAGUGCUUUAUCCUUCCAAUACUCAACUGCUCAUUGUAUUUUUCAGCAUCAACAUUGACCAAAGGCCUUUACACUUGCUAUUGUAUUUGUAUUUUUUUUAAUAAACCAAAAUAAACCAUGUCAGAAUAGCCUGGUGUUCAGCUAAAUCUAGUCGUGCAUAAGCAUAUAAUUCACUAGUUGUGCACUAUAUGCAUUGUCAUGACACACAUACAUAAAAGAUGAGUUGUCGAAAGCACAAGCAGAUCUUUGGCAUUGCCCAAGAUGAAAGUUAAAACUCUUAAAGACAUAUCAUCCGUUUGGCUAGCCAAGUACCUUAACUCCACAAUGAGACUAUCGUUUUUUAAACUAACCUCCGACUCUUUUGAGUUGCUAUGAGGUCGAUAAUUUUUAAAAUCAUUAAACCCUUACCGUGUACCUAUGUUUGUCCUCUGUUGCAUGCCUUUCAUUGUUUGCUGAAUACUUUUUAAUAAAACCAAAUACAACAA